UGCCACUGGAGCCGCUGUUCUCCAGACCUUUGGUUGCCCUACAUUAUUUUGUGGUAAUAUGAAUGAAAUGCACGAGAGGUGAUAAUGUAUGUGGUGCCGAAAGGGCUGCAAUUGACCCUGGCCAUAAUUAAACCUCACGUUGUUAAGGCACCACACGCCCUUCAGGGUGUAAAUAAAGCCAUCCUUGACCACGGAUUCACUGUCGUCGCUUCUAAAACGAUCUCACUCUCUGAAAAUCAGGCUGCCAGUUUCUACAUCGAGCACAAGGACAGAUUUUUCUACCAGCGGCUCGUAAAUUUUAUGGCUAGUGGGCCAGUUGAAGUGAAAAUUCUGGCCAAAGAGGAUGCAAUAAAAGAGUGGCGGCAGCUGCUGGGCCCGACCAAGGUCUUCCGAACCAUUUUCUCCGACCCUGAGAGCCUGCGCGGCGAGUACGGCUUGACAGACACUCGCAACGCCGUCCACGGCUCCGACUCGGAGGAAUCAGCUCGAAAAGAGAUACAAUUUUUCUUCCCCGAAGCCACAAAUUUAUUUUAA